AUGGCAGAGAAAGCUUCUCAAUCAAGAGAAGAAGUAGAAAAUGAGAACGGAAACAGUAUCAGUGUAUGCGGAAUGCAAUUCGCAUACCCAGGACAACAUCCACUCUUCUACGAAUUCAAUCUCAACAUCUCUCCUGGAUCUCGUUGCCUUCUCCUUGGCGCUAACGGAUCUGGGAAGACAACUUUGCUGAAAAUAAUGGCAGGGAAGCAUAUGGUAGGAGGAAGAGAUGUGGUGCGAGUGAUAAAUGGUUCGGCUUUUCAUGAUACUCAAUUGGUGUGUAGUGGUGACUUGGCUUAUUUAGGCGGUUCUUGGAGUAAAACCGUGGGAUCUGCUGGAGAGAUUCCCCUGCAGGGAGACUUCUCUGCGGAACAUAUGAUUUUUGGAGUUGAAGGCACUGAUCCUGUUAGAAGAGAAAAGUUGAUUGAUCUGCUUGACAUUGAUCUGCAAUGGCGUAUGCACAAGGUAUCUGAUGGGCAGCGGCGACGUGUCCAGAUUUGCAUGGGUCUUCUUCAUCCAUUUAAGGUUCUUUUACUAGAUGAAGUUACAGUCGAUCUAGAUGUUGUUGCCAGGAUGGAUUUACUUGAGUUCUUCAAGGAAGAAUGUGAUCAGAGAGGAGCUACAAUUUUAUAUGCUACUCAUAUUUUUGAUGGGUUAGAGACGUGGGCAACACAUCUAGCUUACAUACAAGAUGGUGAGCUGAGGAGGGCUGAGAAGUUAACAGAGGUUCAUGAGUUGAAAAACUCACCCAAUCUGCUUUCUGUUGUUGAGUCUUGGCUCCGCUCUGAAACUAAAAACGAGAAAAAGAAACCCACCAACCCUCCUGCCCAAAAUCAAAAGACCUCUCCUUUUGGUAGUUCUCCUUUCAUGUCGUCUAGACAAAUGGCAUACUACCGCUGA